AUGGGUUAUUUUACGUUUUGCAAUGUAUGUAAAGUUAAUCCCGUUCAAACGGAUAAACGAACACUAGAACCCAUCAGCAAAUUUUGUUCUGAGAAAUGCAGAGAAGCUGCGUCUACUCUAGGAAUGAUUGGCAGCGAUAAGUGCAAUUACUGUGGCGUCUAUCCAAAACUAUUUCUCGCCAAUGGUAAAAAGGUAGAUUAUUGUGGGAUAGCCUGCCGGAAGGAGGCCGAAAAACAAAAACAUCUUGAUGAACAUGAGAUCUCACGGCAUCAUGAUUCAGGCUUCCGACCUUUCGUACCUUUAAUUCAAUAUAGCCAUAAUAAUAACUCUUUAAGUUCACUUCAAGUCACACAUUCCAAACGAAGUUCGACUCUUCCCAUAUCCAACAGUAGCAAUUCGCGAUCUCCAAACUCAAGUUCUCUACAGGUCGCACAUUCUAAUCAAUCAUCAAAACGGAGUUCAACGCUUCCCUCACCCAACAGGGAUUCACGAUCUCCCACUCCAAAUUCUCUGCAAGUUACCCAUUCUCACCAAUCAUCAAAACGAAGUUCAACACUUCCUCCGUCCAACAAUAAUUCACGAUCUCCCACUCCAAAUUCUCUGCAAGUCACCUAUUCUCACCAACCAUCAAAACGAAGUUCAACACUUCCCGCGUCCAACAGUAAUUCGCGAUCUCCUACUCCAAAUUCUCUGCAGAUUACCCAUUCUCAUCAGUCAUCAAAACGAAAUUCAAAACUUCCCGCGUCUAACAUUUCACAAUCUCCCACAACAAAUUCUCUGCAAGCUACUUAUCAACCAUCAAAACGGAGUUCAACACUCCCCACGUCUGACAACAAUUAUUCUCUGCAAGUCACUGAUUCACCGAAACGAAGUUCAAUGCUUCCCGCGCCCAACAGUGGUUCACGAUCACCCACUCCAAAUUCUUUGCAGGUCACUUAUUCGCACCAGUCAUCAAAACGAAGCUCAACGCUUCCCUCACCCAACAGGGAUUCACGAUCUCCUACUCCAAAUUCUCUACACACUCAUUAUCAUUCACCAAAACGAAGUUCGACACUUCCAGAGCCCAAUAAUAACUUGCGAUCUCCCACAAAUUCUUCUGCAUCCUCACGUUCGACUCCUCAGAAAAGUUCAACCUAUUCCUCUCCUAAAAAUUUUAGCGGCAACAACAGCUUGGAUUAUCAGCGAAAAUCUCACACGGUACCACUGAUUAGUUUAAUACCUCCACCCAUUAAUGUUGCACCUACUAAUUAUAACAAUUACUCUUACAAGAGAAGUUAG